AUGUUGGACACGAACCAACUGUUGUACAGGUAUCGUAGAGCGAAUUCGCAUUUUGUGACUCAUGUUAUAUGAUUGACAGCACAGAACAUGCAGUUAUUCACUGCAGAAAGUACGAUAGUGCCAGAAAGAAGUUGAAAAUUGGCAAUAUUGACCUCUUAGCUGAUCUUUUAAAUCAUUGUAAUAAGAAACCUUGGAGAUAUUAUUUCCUAGGCAAAUUUGUCAUCAAAUACAUCCUAAAGAAUUCAUAAGUACUAUUAGUGUAAGGGUUUGGUCUUCGGACCGGCGUGGAGGGAAUGCGUACUUGUGGUUUAACAUGUAAAUAUCAUUAUAUUUGAGUUGAAGUAUAAGGCGCCAAAGGGAAGCCAAGCUUCAAGAAGAAGAAGAUAGAGCUAGUACAGCAAAACAGAAGCUUGAGAAUAAUGUGACUUCAAUGUUGAAAGAAUCUAUUACGUAAUAUCCAAGGUAUCCGUGGGAAUGCAAAAAAAUAAUAAUAAUAUAAAAGGAACAGAAAGCGCCGUCUUUUGGUCUAAGUUGAUAAAAGUUUUGAGCAUCAUGUGAAAAAAUAGAAUCUCAUAUAAAUAUGUCCCAGAAAUUUAGAAGUUUUGCCAAAGGAAAUGGAUGUGUAUUAGAUUCUAAUCAAAAUAUGCCACUUUAUGUUAAAAGAGCUGGAUAUUUAAGAAAGCUUAAGAAAAUGAAAAGAAGAUUUUUUGUUCUGCAUAUGGAAUCAGAAACUGGAGCUGCGAGGUUAGAAUAUUAUAAUUCAGAGAGAAAGUGGAAAUCAGGUUGUGAACCAAAGCGAAGCAUUGAAUUGAAAUCAUGUUUGAACAUUAGUCGGAAACUGCAUUCAAAGCAAAAGAAUGUGAUUGCACUGUACACUGAAGAUGAUUGCUUUUCAAUAGUGACAGAAACUGCUGAAGAAUUAGAACUUUGGUUAAAUGAUAUAUUAGAAGUUCAGAAGACUUUCAUUGAUGGAGAUGAAAAUGGAAGAGGAUGUACAGUUUAUGAACAUUUAUGGCAAGUUGUGAUUGAUAAGCAUGAUCUGGAAUAUGAUCGAAACUUAUCUGGACCCUACCGUGUGGCAUUAUCAUCCAACGCGUUAACUUUGAUAAAAAUGAGCCCAUCUAAUGAAAAUGAUAUUCUUGAAUUUCCUUUAAUGAGUAUUAGAAGAUGUGGCCAUUCGAAAGAUCAUUUUUUCAUCGAACUUGGUCGAUCUGCUGUAACAGGAGCUGGGGAAAUAUACAUGGCCACUGAGGCAACUAUUAUAGCUCAAAAUAUGCAUGAAACAGUUUUGAGUGCAAUGAAGUCUUCCAAGAUCAGAGAGAAUGGAAAUCUCCUUCCUCGACCUCGCAGUGCCUCAACUAGUGAAAACUCAAACCCAGUUGUAACUAGACGUCCAAUAGGCAUUGUUACACCCCAGAGUGUCUCAUCUGUAACUAUUAGUUCACUGUCAAAUAGUAGAGAAAGAUGUGAUAGUUUACCUACUAGACCAAAGACAAUAAGUGAAAAUUCUCACACCUGCGUUCUUAGUGUGCUUUCCUCACCUCAUUCUUCAAGUGGUUUUCCUUGCAAACGACUGAAUUCACGUCCCCAUUCUAUGUAUGAAUGGCCUUCUUUUAAUUCCCCUUCUACAAGAAGUUCUAGUUUUAGCCCAUGUUCUGGAUCCAGUACGACUGCAAAUACUAGCAGCAAUGAAGAUGUGGAUAAUACUAGGCAACCCUCUCUAAGUUUUUCACACUCAGUCUCAAAUGAUGGAUCUUCAUUAACAGAUCGCGUGGUUACUGCAGUACCUGAUGGAUAUCUUAUGAUGUCACACACCAAAGAGAACAAGCAGUUGAUUUCUAAUUGUAUGAGUAUGAAUAAAUCAGAUGGUAGUGUAUCAACUUCACCAUACAUAGACAUGAGAUCACUGUCAUCAGCAAAAUCAGCAGCUGUAGUAAAGAAACUUGGAGCUUCUUCAAACUCUGAUGAAACUUCUCGAACUGAAGGAAGUUACUUGGAAAUGUCUUCAUCAUGUUCUACAGAUUCUGCAUGUGCUGCAAAAUCUCCUGAGAACAGUUUUCUUCAUGAUUCAAAAGAUGAAAGUGGUCAUUUAUUAGCAUUAGAAAAGGUCUCUUCUUUGCUGAAAGUUGAAGAAAGUGAUGAGAGAAUGCUUGAACCCAUCUUGAGAAAUACAGUUACUGAUGGAAAGGAACAGUUAGAUUCAAAAGUAGAACCCAGCUCCUUGAUACCAAGCAUUCCUUCAAAUGAAAUGCAAGUGAACAAGAUUUGCAGUGAUACAAAUUUAUAUUCUGCCAAACCACCUCCAAUUCCUGAAAGAACAUACUGCAGGAUAGAAGCUAAAAAUGUAUGUCCUCCUCUUCCAUCACGUAAUGCAAGGAACAUUUCAGAAAAGGUUUCUACAUUGUGUGAUCAAAGUAGAAGAGAAUUAGAUAUUGGUAAAUUUGUUAAUACAAUUUCAAUCCAACAAAAAUGUAACAUUUCUGAAAGUGGACCAGACAUAAAUCGAUCUCAGCAAACCAGUGAUUGUUCAGAAUAUGCUGUUUCCAGUUUUGUUGAAAACAAUUUGUCACAUAAAGCCAGCAAGGUCUCACCAGACCAAAACAGAGAAUUUAUUUGCCCUGUUCAUGGUGAUAGGUGUAAAAGCAAUAUGUCAAUUAACAAAGUUUCUAAUAAUCAACCUUCAGAAUUUAAAAUGACUAUCAUGAAAGCAUUGCAUAGUCCUGCACAAAAUCAUAAAAAUCUAGCAAGCAGGUAUUCUUUUCCUGAAAAUGUUUGUAAUGAAAUUGAGUUGCAACUUCAUAAUAAAAGGGAUAGUCUGACAGCUAAUGAACUUCCUGAAAAUUCUCAGUAUUCUUUAAGUUUGGUACCCGAAUCUGAAAAUCAAAAUCUAACCAAAAUUUCUGAAAGUAUAUCACAUUCACUAGAUGAUUAUGUUAAUCUUGAAUUUAAAAAGCCUGCUCUUCCUGUAACUAAUAAAAAUUUCUCUGCAAUUUCUUCUAUUCAUAAAAGUAAUUUUCAACUUAUGUCUAAUCCUUUUUGUCCAGUAGAUGCUAGUUACAGUAAUAUUCAGUUUGGUAAACCAUAUUGCCCUACACCAAAUCCAGUUCCUGCAACAUGUGAAAUUGCUAUUUCUUCAUUCAAUAGUUCUCUAAAAAGUGAAAAACUGACAAAAUCAGAUCGAAGUGUUUCACCAUCUUAUACCUUAAACUCCACUUCAAAUAAUGCUAGUGAUGAUGCUAAAGAGCAAAAAAUUCAACAAUCACCGACUUGUUCUGUAAAUUAUAGCACUGAUUCUUCAAAAAAUUCUUUGAUUACACCAAAACUUAAGAACAUUCCUAAUACGCUUCCAGCAUUUAGAAAACAAAUGUCUGCACCUGCUGCUUCAUCUUUGAGGCCAGAACUUCCAUCUCCAGGCAGAAAGAGUUCCUGUCCUGUUACAGCAUCAGCUAGUAUGAUUAAAUCCCCACUGCCUGUAAAUGCAGUGAGUUCUAUAAGACCUAUGCAUCUACAGUCUCAUGGAACAGUUAUAGGACAUCUCAGAGUAUCAACAUCAAGAUCACCAGAUCAUAGUAGUGUUUCAAGCAUUUCAUCUGCUAGUGAUGAGUUAAGCUCGAAUCACAGUAGUCCCAAAGUAUUAAGUACAUUUCAAAAUUUUGGUACUGUUAUUCGUCAGAACAUACCAGCUGAUAAUCAGUAUGAAAAUGUAGUUAUCCCUCAAAAACCAUCAACAAGCUCAAGGCCUUCAUCUGUAAGUAGUGAGAAAGAACUAAAUUAUGCAUCAUUGGAUUUAACUCCUGCUUCUGGAGAUGAUGCACCACGUUCUCCAUCAAUGCAAAAGUCUUCAGUUGUUCAAGAUGAGGAAUCCCUGAUGUAUGCUGAAAUUGACUUCACCAAGUCUGAAGGAUUGAAAAAUAUAUCUGGAAGUGUGAGAGAAGGCCGCUUAUAGUGCAAUAUAUUAUUUCUAGUCAAAGCAUCUCUGUUAAUAAAUAUGUAAAUAUUUGCUGUUAAUCAGUUUAAUGUUUUAUUCUGUGUUUUGUUACAUACUUUGUCUAUAUACUGAUAAAAAUAAAAUAUUAUUCAAAAUUGUAGAGAGAUUAGGCAUUUAAUUAAUAUUAAAAUUGACUUUUCUUAUGCUGCUAAUGUUAUAAAUAAAUAAAUUGAGUAAAACACUAAUUUUCCUAUAAAUCAAAUGUGUAAGAUUCUAUUGUAAAAUUAUUAUUAGCAGAUGCAUUUUAGCAACAAAAAGAAAUAUUUUUUCAUUAAGUGAAUUUUUUUAAGUUGGGAAAAAAAUUAUCUAACGUUGUCUUAUAAUUUUAGUUUUAGCUCAAAAAGUAUUACAUGAGUGUAGAUAUCACAUCUGUGCCUUUUAAAUAUAUGUUUUAUAAAUAUGAGAAGAGCUGUUGAAAAAGUAUUCUGCUUAGUAUUAAUAGCAAACACAUUUCUAAAUAUGAAUGAAUGUAUUUUGAAUAUUUUAAGAACCUAUAAACCCUAGUUUUAAAAUAUGAGCAGAAUUUGAUUGUUAAAUUUUCUUUAAUUCUGUGAUUUAUAAUUUGGCUUAUAUUAUUUAUUUCUAUGUUAUAGAAAGUAAACACUCCCCUCCCAGUUAUCUAACUGGUAUUGUAUUAGUAUACAGUAGAACUCUGAAUUAUCUGACCUUCAGAUAUCCAUAUCUAGUUAUCCGUGACUCCCAAUUAUCAACUUUUUUCCUUUAAUUUUAGUCUUGUAUGAUUGUGUUUGGUUUUAAGGCCUACAUAAAUAAAUAUAAAUCCUUUUACUUUAAUUAUAGUUCAAAGAGAAAUGGGCUGUAUAUUUAGAAAGAUAAAAAAAUAUUUUAUGGAAAUAAUGUUUUUUUAAUCCCCUGUUAAAUUACAGUAAACAAAAAAUAAAAUUAUAUCACUUGCAUUAUAAUAAGUAUGUAUUUGCAUACAGAAAAACACAAUUUAACUAUUCAGAUUUUCAUGUCAGAUUGGACUAUGGCACCAAUUAGUUUACAUAUUUGGAGUUAUACUGUAUAGUCAUUUUGACUUAAAAAUCUAUUGUAGUUAUACUGUAUAGUCAUUUUGACUUUAAAAUCUAUUUCCUUUAUUUGAUUUAUUAAUAAAUUUUAAUUAACGUAAUUAUUAUAUUAUUGUUAUUUUUUAUUCUGUAUCAUCACAUCAUGUGGCUUGUCAAAAUGCAGAAAGUUCCAUGAUUAAAGUAGAUUUAUUAGUAAACUUAAGUAUCUGCAUAUAUUUUUAAAUGUAAAGACAUUUUUUAAAUGAGCCAAUAAAUAUGGGUACUCUUCUCUUAUUGGGACCAGAUUCAGAAAUGUAUGAAUGUUUGUAUGUAUGGAUGGAUGUGCUCAUGUAUAUAUGUAUGUACACACACACAUACAUACAUUUCUGAUUCCGGUCUCAAUAACAGAAAAGUACCUAAAAAUGCAAUACGUUACAUUUUAAAAUGAAUUUCGUAAAAUUAUAGAUACAUUUAUUAUUGAAUUUCGUAAAAUUAUAGAUUAUGCUUUCUUGCAUAAGUAUGUGUUGAAAUGUUUGUGGAAAAAAAUUGUUGUUUGUACACUUUCUAAUAUGCGUUUACUAAUAUACAAUUUUUAACAUGUUUGAUAACAGUAUGUAGUUCUGUUAUUAAUUUACAAAUUCUGUUAUUAAUUUGUAAACUUUUUAGGCAAUAAAUAGAACAGAGUUAAAAAUGUAAAUUGCAAAACCCCUUAAAAGUAUUUUUAAGAGUUCCUUAAAUAUUUUUAAGAAUUUCAAAACUCUUUAAAUAUUUGUUCUUUUGUAUAAUAUUGAUUGCAGCUAUUUGCAAAAAAAUUUUAUAGCUGAAAAAAUUAAAGUGAUGCUAGAAAAAUUAAUAUGUACAUAAUUAUUUACUAUUGUAUUAUAAACGUUGGAUUUAUCAAUGUACAGAAAGAUAACUAUAUGGUUUACAAUGUAUUAAUCAAUUAAAGUAUGAUCUUUAAGAAUCAAACUUCAUUAUUUAAUUUUUAAUUAUUGCUUAAACUAUAAUUAAUUUUAAAUAUGCUUUGAGUGUGUUAUAAAAAUUUUAAUAAAAGUAAAUCAUAUCUGCAAAUAAGUAUUAUACCUUGGUGUAAAUUAGCAUGAAAAGAUAUUUUAAUUCUUCUUAUCAUCUUGAAUGCUUAAAUUUCAAUUACAAAAAAAAAAGUGGUUUUGUGUUAAAUUUCCAUUUAUAUCACUUAAAAUAUAAAGGUCAACAGUUCUAUUUUAUAAGAUAUUUUUAAAAAUUCAACUAUUUUUUUGAUAAAUGUAAAAAAUUCAAUUGAAAACGUUUCAAAAUAUCACAGAAGUGUGUUCAUAUUCUCCCAGUUAUGAAAUGCAAUUGUUUUUAAUUAUGAAAUUUAUAAAAUUCUAAAUUUUAAAUUACUCAUUCCAGAAUCGCAGGCUAUUUUUUUUCCACAAGUUGUAUGCAUUGUUUUUACACAUUAAUCUAAAGUUGUUUUUUAAGUCGUAUAUAGACCUUUUUAUUUAUUUAUAAAAAUAAAAACUUUGAUCUUUAUUAGCACUUUGGCUGAACUAUAUAAAAAAUUUUUACCAGAAAUGCCGAUAUUAAACUGAAAUAUACUUUUCCUUUCAAUUUUCAUUUAUAUGUAGAAAAAAGAAUGAUUUUUAUUUGCGAUGAUAUGUACUUACAUUAUAUAUUAAUAUUAUGAUCUUGCAAGGAUAGGAUUAUGAAGUACUGAACAAGUCCUUUUUUCUACUCAUAAAAAAGAAAAACAGAAAAUGAAGAUAAAUGAACUUAUCAAAUGCUAAUGUAUUUUUCUUACAAUAUAAAGCUCAUUUUUAUAAAAUGUGUUAGCUUUACUUAAUUUGCUUGCUUUAGAAAAUAUGUGUCCUAGAAUAGAAAUAUGCAGUAUUCAAAUAAAAUCUUCUAAAAUAAUUCAUUGUUCCUAAUUCAAAAAAAAGAACUAUUUGAAAAACUACAACAGUUUUUACCAUGCAGUACCUUUUGGCAAAAAUAUACAAAAAGUUUUAAUUUUUUACAUGCCAUCUACAAAGAAAAUUCCAAGUAAUUAAUCACUCUUCAUCCUAUUAAAGGUCCUUGCAAAAAAAAAAGUUCUGUAUUUUGACCCUGAAAUAUUGAUAGAAUUAUAUGACUGACAUAAACCACUUUUUUCUCUUGAAAAGAAAGGGAGUUGGAAUGUGUUGAUUCUACAGAUACUUCAAAUUUUAACAUUUUUAUAAAUAGGUCUUUUUAACUACUACACAUUCAUAUUAAGGAAAAAGAUAUCUUUUAGGAAUUUUCAUUUGCAAAUGUACUUGCACAGCAGUCUUUAGCAAUAUUUGUAUAAAUCUUGAAAAACUUUACUUAAUGAUAUUUAAGUUAAAUUUUCAUAACAUGAGAAUAAUUAUUUUUCUUUCUAUAUCAGAACAUUAAGUUUUUCCAAAAUAUUUGGUUUAUUACAUAUUAUGCUUUCACUCAUUUAUCAUGUAUAUGACAGUAAGCAUUACUGUUGUAAAAGCAAUAGAUCUUUAAUUUAUCUUCAACAUAGCCUAAAAACAGUCUUUGAGAGGCCAUGUGCUGUUAUGCAAGAUUUUUACUUUUUUAAUUGUAGUUGUGUUGUCUAAUAAACUGAGCAAUUUAAAAGCAAUAAAUUUAAUUUUUAAUAAUUUUAAUCCUUAUUUCUAAUUAUAUAUUUACUUGAUGUAAUGUAAAAAAGUAUUUAAUUUAUGAUAUUUUUAAAUAAUUUUUAUUAUGAAAAUUUGGAGCAUUGCUGUAACUGACUUGUUGUUUUUCAAUAACAUAGUGAAGUGCUAAAUUAAAUUUAAUUUACAUUAUAUCCAAUUGAUAAUUGUGAACAUUUGCAGCAAAAGUAUAAUUCAUUAAAGAUGUUUAUAAUACUAUUUAUUUUACUAAUUUGGUUAUGAAAAAUUUUUGGACAUUUUUCUUUUCUAGAGUCAGUAUAAAAAUUUUAAUUUUGCAUUAUUUUAUCUAAAAAGUUUUACAUGAUUAAAAUAUUUUGAUGAUACAUUUCUUAAAUUAGUUCCAUGGGUCUACAAUCAGCUGUUCAAGAGUUAUUUAAUCAUGCACUCCUUUUUUUAAAACUUUCUGUAUGUUAAGACUUAAUUUUUUAUUGCUAUUUAAACUAAAAAUUUAUAUUCCUCAUGUAAUUUGGUUAAUUGAAAUUCAAAAACUUCCAGGCAUUUAUCAAUUACUUUUAAUUAAAAUUUUAUCAAUUAUUUAAGCGUAUAUAAAUAAAGUUAAUGAAGGGAUAGCAAUAAGUUUUUUUUUGGGGGGGGGGGAUUUUUGUUAAAAGUUUAGCUUUUGUAUUGCGAAGAUUUAAAGCAAAUGUGCACUAAUACAUUUUCAUUUUAUGUACUGUGCCAUUUUAUUUUUGCCAGUUCCAAUGUCUGUUGGUAAUUUUGCUUUCAUGAAUGUAGUAUUUUUUAAUUUUUUUUAUUUAGCCUAAAUGGUAUCCAUUCUCAUAGAUUAACCCAUGUGAAUGCAAUUUUCAUCUUUAUACUUUUAUUUGACUCAUAAGCCUAAUUAUAUUUUAACAUUAUGCUGAAAUGCUGCAUUCAUAUGAGAUGAUAUAUAAUAACAAAAAUAUAAAAAUAUUUGAAAUAAAUACCAUGAUAUAAAUAUUUUAGUGGAAUUUUAUAGUGUGUAUUUUUUGCAAUUCUACCGUUUGGUAUAGCAAAACUAUCUAACACAUAAUUAAAACAUAAGAUUUCUAUAUUUCAACUACAAUGCUCUAAUCUAUAUUAUGUCUAGGUAAACAGUUUGAUUUCCUAUAUAUUGUUUUUCUGCGAAUAAGUUUGAAGAAAGAGAAUUUAUUUAAUAUAAUUUUCAGUUAUAAUAAUAUAUAUAUAAUGUAGAGCCCAAGCUAAAUUUGUAAUGCCAAUAAUUUCCUGGACUGCCUUAAAGCCUACUAGUACUUAAGAUAUUGAUAGAAAACUGUUGUGUUUUACUUAAGUUUUAUCUUAUGGGAAAUUUAUUUGGGGGAAAAUAUAUUUACAUGUUGUUUGAAGGAAGUAUUUAUAUUUUAUUUCCAUUUGUUACAUACCAUUUUUUGUAAUGCUAGUGAUAUGUAACGUAUGUUAUUGUUUGUUACAUCAGUGUUACUUAAUAAUGUAUAUUAAAAAAAGUGAAAAAGCCA